UCUUCUUCUUCAAAAUAAUAAUGAUGACGCUAAGCAUUUCUAUGGCUUCACUUAUUUUCUCCCUUUUCUUCUUCCUCUCAUUUUCUUCUACCAUUUCCUCUCAAAACCUUGAACAUUUUCUCAAAUGCCUACAAUCUAAAGGCUCAAAUUCCAUCUCAGAAGUCAUUUACACGCCAAAAAAUUCGUCAUACACACCUACUUUGUUGUUCUCUAUACAAAACCAACGCUUUGUGUCACCUUCCAUGCCAAAGCCUCUAGUAAUCGUCACGCCAUUGAAUGAGUUUCAUAUACAGACAGUAAUUACUUGUUCUAAAAUCCAUGGCCUGCAGAUUAGGACUCGCUCUGGGGGCCAUGAUUAUGAAGGUCUUUCUUAUCUUUCCAAAGUCCCAUUUGUAAUUCUUGAUUUGAGAAAUCUAGAAUUGAUCAAAAUAAACGUUAAAAAGAGGACAGCAUGGGUUCAGGCAGGUGUACUUCUUGGUGCAUUUUCUUAUAGAAUUGCAGAAAAUAGCCCAAAUCUAGCCAUUCCAGCUGGUCUGUGUCCCACAGUGGGCGUAAGUGGACAUUUCAGUGGAGGUGGCUAUGGCACCUUGCUAAGAAAAUAUGGCCUUGCAGCGGAUAAUAUUAUUGAUGCAAGAAUUGUCAAUGUCGACGGUGAAAUUCUUGACAGAAAGUCAAUGGGAGAAGAUCUUUUUUGGGCUAUACGCGGCGGAGGAGCCGCCAGUUUUGGGGUGGUCACCUCUUGGAAAAUCAAGAUGGUUGAAGUUCCUGAUAUUGUAACAGUUUUCACUAUCAACAGAACUUUGGAACAGAAUGCAACGAACCUUGUUCAUCGAUGGCAGUAUAUUGCACAUAAAUUUGAUGAAAAUCUGUUCGUCAGGAUCCUCAUAACGCGUGUUAAUCCCGGUGGAAAAGGGAAAAGAUUUUCAGUUCAAGCCUCUUUUAAUUCCAUCUUUCUUGGCAGGAUUGAUAAGUUGCUUCCCUUGAUGCGAGAAAGUUUCCCUGAAUUAGGUUUGCAGAAACAAGACUGCCUGGAAAAAAGCUGGAUCGAAGCAAUCCUCUAUUUUUCUGAUCUUCCCAGUGGAUCAACUCUGAAAGAUUUAACCAACAGGAAUCCUAAUCCCAGAACAUAUUACAAAGCAAAAGGAGAUUUUGUACAAGAACCAAUACCCAAACAUGCCUUAGAAGGGUUAUGGGAAUUUUUUCAAGAAGCUGAAGCUGAAGCAGCCCAGCUUAUUUUUGCUCCAUAUGGUGGAAAAAUGAGUGAAAUUUCGUCAUCCGAAACUCCAUUUCCUCAUAGAGCAGGAAAUCUAUUUGAAAUACAGCAUUUGGUGUACUGGGAUGAAGAAGGAAAUCAAGAAUCAGACAGGUAUAUAAAUUGGAUCAGAAGGCUGUAUAAAUACAUGGCAUCCUAUGUUCCGAAGAAUCCUAGGCCUGCAUAUUUGAACUAUAGAGAUCUUGAUUUGGGGGUUAACAACAUUGGAGGAAACACAAGCUAUGAACAAGCAAGUGUUUGGGGCAUUAAAUAUUUCCUGGAGAAUUUCAAGAGAUUGGUUCAUGUGAAAUCAAAGGUUGAUCCUGAUAAUUUCUUCAGAAAUGAGCAAAGUAUACCACUUUUGAUAUCCUAAGAAAAGAAAGGUUGUCUUUAUUAUUAAUUUUUAGGGUUAUCUUUUAAUUGUUCUCUGUAAUAAAACACAGUACCUCGGGUUCAAAGGUACUGUGUGUUUCGUUUGUUUGUUGUAUAACAAAAAAAUUGAAAUAAUAAUGUUUAUUUCCUCAUUUCUGCUC